UUGCCUUCCUCCGCAGCUAAACAUUUGAAAAAAGAAAUAAAAGACAUCGGUAAUUGAGACACCACAGAUAUAAAAAGGCACUACACUUGUCUGCUUUUCAUUCUUUUGAAAACAGGAUGAUUCUACAGUUUUGUCAUCAAGAGUGCUUGCGCAGUUCGAAAGUGUGGAGCAGCGUGGGAGGACCGCAGGGAACUGAUGCCUCCUGGACGCCUCGCUGGGGAGGUGGUCAGGGCAUGUCCCACCGGCAGUAGACUCCGUGGAUGCGCUGGAAAGACUAUGUCUCUCAGCUGGCCUGGGAACAACACCUUGGGAUCCCCCGGGAUGAGCUGAACAAAGUGGGAAGUCUGAGCGUCCCUCCUAAAGCUGCUGCCCCCACCACCCGACCCCAGAUAAGCGGAAGAAGAUGGAUGGAUGGACCAUAUUGUACACACAUACAGGUUCAAGACAAUGGUUGCAUGUAAAAUGACUAUAAUGUGACGUCGCUGACUUACAGAGCCCCUUGGCUCAUUUUUUCCAGAGAAUGCAAAGUUUUUGCGAUGGACAUUUUUCACUUUUUUGUUUUAGGGCUCUAUACUGCUCACAAGUUUAAGUUUUGUGAGAGCGCCAUGUUGAAUCUCCACCAAUCUUGUAAAAGUGAGAAGAAAAGCAAGGCAAAGAUGCCAUCAUCUUGGUCAACCAGAAGAUGAUGACAUGUGGGUGAUGCAAUAAAAGGGGCGCGUCCCUAGCCUAUCAGGCCUUUCUAUGGAACAUUACAUCACCCUAGCUCCACCUCCCUUAUCUCUAGCAUGGGUGCACAGGCGUGCGAUGAACAUAUAAAUGAAGGACGAGAUGGUUACGCUAGAGGCAGAAGGUAAGUCUUUGCGCCAUCCAAACAUGAAGACACUCAGACACCGCCCAAUGAUGAUGGUGAUGGCGGUGAUGAUGAUGAUGGUGAACGCAACAAGCAGCGGUCAGAAGGUUGCGCUGCAGGUGGUCCAGGACAAGUCUCCGCAUACACCGCCUGCGCCACCUUCACCGCGGACAUCUUGGCUCAUGUUCAUCAACAACUCAGAUGCCCGCAAAAGCUCCCCAAGAACGACAAAGCACGUCCCCCGGGGACCUCCAGGACCUCGCAGCUCCCCGGGAAGGCCGGCGCCCUGCCCGUAUCGACGGCAGCUCAUCGACGACUUGCUCGUCAGGUUCAACGGCGCCUCCGCGAACGUGUUAUGCGGGCUGUGCGAGCGCCCUCCUCGAGUCUCCACCUCCUUCCUCGGCCGCCUCCCCCAAGCGGUGCAGGUGGCCAGUCGCAGUCAGGUGGAGCUUCCCCCCUUCAGUCAGGCCCCGCCCUUCGUUGCUGCUUUUCAACGCGGUCGGGGCUUCGACGUGAGCCACGGACGCUACACUGCCACCCAGUCCGGAUUUUACCUGCUGAGUGCCCGCCUUUGCCUCAAGUCAGGUGAACGUGUUCAGGUGCGACUGCGUGAGAGCGUGAGGGCAGCCAUUUGCAUCGAGUCACUCUGUCGCACCAAACCUUCCAUUGAUUCGGUGGUGAGCGUGUCCACCGUGAGAGGAGCCUUCAGCAUCACUCUGACGGGAACGCUCUUCUUACAGGCUGGCGAGUACACGGCCAUCUACGUGGACAAUGCCACGGCCGACAACAUCAGCGUCUUGCCAGACUCCUUUUUCUCCGCAAUCCUGCUAGGAACUUGAAAGCGCCUCGCCUUCUGCAGCCGCAUGUGCUCCGACUCGGACAAAGUAGUUGAGCGGACGCCGCAUCGCCAUCCUUUGCAUAUGUUCCACGCGGGUCAUGUGAUGGACGCCCCACCCGAUUUGCAGAAAUGACUUGCCUUGCCGUGCCUCUCUCACAAAAGCAGAAAAGCGAUCUAAGAGACAUGGAGGAGCUGCAAAGUUUGCAAGUAGCUCCUUCAAAACUGGCUUCUGCCACCAGUUGAGUAGAUUGAACCUGAAGUGACUAACCCUGUAUGAUGGCUGAUUGUUAGGACAUGUGCCUUUGCACUUAAAACACGUGAAUAAGCAGGCGGAGAGUUCUGUUGUUGAUGGUACAAAUAAAAAGAUACUUGCAGGUUUA